CAAUUGAUUACCAUAAAUUCUUAUAGUAAUAUGCAAAACACAAGUUUAGCAUAAAAAGUAGCAAAAACGAAAACAAAAUAAAGUUAACAGAUUAGCAGAUGUUUUGAAGAAUUCACAUAUAUAGCACUUUUAAAAAGAUGUGCAUUUUAUUUUUCUUUGUUGAAAUAUAGCUUAAAAUAGAUUUGUAGUUAGUUUGAAUAAGGAAAAAAUAUAGCUAAUUAAUAAAUAUGUAAAAACAACAUUUUCUGUUGCCAUUAUAGUGUCCACAGAUGAUUUAUAAAAUAAUAAUAACGUUCUUUUGUACUUAUGUCAAUUGAUCACAAUAAAUCCCUGAUAUCUGCGGGAAAAGUGUCAAAAAGUAUCAGGAGUUGGAGCGUCUUGUUUUCUGACGACACAUCCCCUUUAAGGCCGCAGCAGGCAGACCCCUCCCCUUUAAGCUACAUCAGAAGCUGCUGCUCCGGCUUUGUGAUGGCCGCAGAAAGUCGGGGUUUCAGUUUUCCAUAGCUCACCACGAGCCGCAGCCACGGCGCCUCUCAGUCCACGUUCCGUCAUUGGACAGCCGCGAUGCACUGGCCCGCCGGCCUCCCCGCCGUGUCGCUCCUCCUGCUGCUGUGCUGCUACCGCGCCGCCCGCGGAUAUUUCGCGGAGGAGCGCUGGAGCCCCGAGUCUCCGCUCCUCGCUCCUCGGGUUCAUGUUGCGUUGAUCUGCAGGAACUCGGAGCACUCUCUGCCGCACUUCCUGGGGACUAUUGAGCGCCUCAACUACCCCAAAGACCGCAUGGCUCUCUGGGUAGCAACUGAUCAUAAUGUGGACAACACCACAGCCGUUCUGCGGGAUUGGCUUAUAAAAGUGCAAAACCUUUACCAUUAUGUGGAGUGGAGGCCACAGGAGGAGCCCAGAUCUUAUGAUGAUGAGGAAGGUCCGAAACACUGGACUGAUCUUCGUUACGAGCAUGUUAUGAAACUUCGGCAAGCAGCGCUGGAGUCGGCUCGGGAAAUGUGGGCAGAUUACUUCAUGCUGGUGGAUUGUGACAACCUCCUCACCAAUCCUAAUGUGCUCUGGAAGCUCAUUCAAGAAAAUAAGACUAUUAUUGCUCCAAUGCUUGAAUCUCGCGCGGCCUACUCAAACUUCUGGUGUGGGAUGACCUCAGAGGGUUAUUACAGGCGGACCCCUGCUUACAUACCCAUCAGGAGGCAGGUGCGAAAGGGCUGUUUUGCUGUUCCAAUGGUUCACUCGACAUUUCUGAUCGACCUCAGGAAAGAAGCAUCAAAGCAGCUCGCCUUUUAUCCUCCACAUCCAGAUUAUAGCUGGGCUUUUGAUGACAUCAUUGUUUUUGCGUAUUCUGCUCGGAUGGCAGAUGUUCAGAUGUUUGUUUGCAACAGGGAGAGCUAUGGUUACUUCCCAGUACCACUGCGUUCCCAUAAUACUUUGCAAGAUGAAGCAGACAGCUUUUUGCAUGCCCUUUUGGAGGUUAAUGUGAGAAAUUCCCCAGUGAUGCCUUCUAAAUACAUACCUGUUCCUAGAAAGCAACUCGACAAAAUGGGAUUUGACGAGGUGUUUAUGAUAAACCUGCAGAGAAGGACGGAUCGCAAAGAGCGCAUGUUGAGAGCUUUGUACGAGCAGGAGAUUGCAUGUAAGAUUAUAGCAGCCGUAGAUGGAAAAGCAAUGAAUGUCAGUGAAAUACAUGUUAUGGGUAUCCAUAUGCUCCCCGGAUACAGUGACCCUUAUCAUGGCCGGCCACUGACAAAGGGAGAGCUGGGCUGCUUUCUCUCACAUUAUAACAUCUGGAAGGAGAUUGUAGAGCGGCGCCUGCAAACAUCUCUGGUGAUAGAAGAUGACCUGCGCUUUGAGGUCUUCUUCAAGCGUCGCUUGAUAAACUUGAUGACUGAGAUUAGGGAGGAAGGACUUGAUUGGGAUCUAAUUUACAUUGGUCGGAAAAGAAUGCAAGUGGAUCAUCCAGAGAAAGCUGUGCCAAACAUACACAAUCUAGUGGAAGCAGAUUACUCAUACUGGACACUUGGCUACAUGAUGUCAUUACAAGGUGCCAAGAAACUUUUAAAAGCAGAACCACUGAAGAGGAUUUUGCCGGUGGAUGAGUUUCUUCCUAUUAUGUAUAAUAAGCACCCAGUGACUGAUUAUAUGGAUCAAUUUGAAAAAAGAGACCUGAAGGCAUUUUCUGCAGAGCCUCUCCUCGUGUAUCCAACACACUACACAGGUGAUCCAGGCUACAUCAGUGACACUGAGACCUCGACUGUAUGGGACAAUGACAAGGUCCGCACAGACUGGGACAGAGCGCGCUCGGGAAAAACCGGCGAGCAGGCCAAGAUCAGCAGCGAGGCUCAAAAUUCAGAUGUGCUCCAGUCAGCUUUGGACACUACAGCAAGAGACGAGCUUUAGGAUGAACACUGAACCACACUAGUUAUGUCAUUUAUCUGUUACCCUGAAUCCUUUUUAUCCAGGAUUUUGGUAGAAAUACCACAUCAAAGUUCAUAGGAAGAUAAUAUUUUUUAGCAGGGACAGGAUAAGAAGGGAUAAUAUUGACCUUUUAUUGUAUUUUUAGAAUUUGCUUAAAUAAGACACUAGACUUGCAAUUCUGAAUGACUAUUCCAAAAUUUAUCUACUAUCUGUUCUAUGGAAAUUGAUUGGUACAAUGCAUCUCAGUCAUUUCUGUUGAUUCAAUUUAGGACUUACCCAUAAAAGGUUUUUAGCUUCUUUAAAUCACAAAAAAUCUAGCUAUAAGCACUCUUCAAAGCCUCCUUAACUCACAUAGACCUGGUGUUACAUAAACCCAUUUUUUAAGGAUGCUUAGAUAUAUUAGGCUAACAUUCUGGCAUCAUUUCAACUGUUUUGUGUUGUUUUUAUAGGGAGGAGCAGAAAAUUAUACCUUUCAGAGGAAGCCAUAGUUAAAAAUUUCAAGCAAAAGUAUUUUUAUCAAUUCCUAAUUUAUUCUUGGAAAUGUGCCCUGUAUGGGAGAGGUUAGAGGCCACUGGAGAUUCAAGUGAACAAUUUCCAACUUAUUUUUAGAUUUUCAAAUUUUUUUUUUUAUAUCGUAAAAUUUAAACACAGUCAGAAUACGUUGAUAAACUUUCUAAACAACCAGAAGAGCAGGUUUAAAGUGCUGAUCAUGAAAAUAUUCAGUGUAUUUUUUUUAACUUUAGUGUUAGUUUUGACAUUUAAUUGUUUCCAGAUUGUACCACAAACCAGUUCUUAUCAUUUUCACACAGAUUGCCUUAAAUAUGUGGUUCAAGAUGAAGGGGUUUUUCAUUCUUUCUUCAAGAAACCCCAAAAAAUAAAUCACAUGCUUACAUCCUAAAACACAUGGGUGGGGUGGGGUGGUGGUGGUCCUAAAUCAUGUCCUACUUGUCACCAAACAAAAGACAAGUACGUUCUUACAUUAGCAACUCUUUAUGCUGAGAUAAAAAGUAUGUUUAGGUCUACGGAGCAGUUCGGAUAAAUUGGUAUAUUCCAAAAUAACACCAGCACAUUAAUAUGUAUAAGACUUUUUUCAAAAUUUCCACGUUUUACUUUAUCUUUUGUACAAAACAGUAUUGAAUCGUCAGGUUAAAUUGUGUGUAUGGAAGGUAGCUGGUUUACCUAAAGAAAACACAUUCGUACAUUGCUAAAUAAAAUACAAAUUCCAAAAAUAGAAAUGACCUUCUGAGAUUUGAACUGGAUCCUAAUUUUAUGAGAUAAUUUGAGACAUCAAAACUGAUAUUUAACUUUCUUCCUCAUCACGGGGCUGCAUCGUAGAAAAAGUGUAUCUCUUGGUGGAAGCCAUUUAUCAGGUGAUGACACAAAAAAGUGUUUUGUAUUGUACCAGCAACUAAAGAAUAAAGGUUUUCUGAUUGUCA